GGCAUCAGGAGAGCCUGAAAGUUGGGCAACGUGGGGCGAGGAUGCCUCCAAGUGCAGGGGGAGCAGUGACAGUGCCAGGUACGCACAAAGCUCGCAGGAAGGCGGACGGGAGUGUAUUUUUAGGAAGCAUAUCUAAAUAUACGUUGUAAGAGUGAAUGUAAGGAAAAAAAAAUGUUGUGGGUUGUAGAAGUUAUCAAGUGGGAUUUGCGGCACGCUCUCUGCAGGAAACGAAAGCUGCUCCAGUUCAAAGCCACAUGCACCAACGUGACAUAUAAGCCAUUAAAAUAUCAUCCUGACGGCUCAUUUCUGCUUCAUCAUACAUUCCCUAACUGCUUCCAGAAAGCAAGAAAAGAAGAAAUGAAGGAUGACCGCCUCGAUGGAAGCGCCAAAGAGGUGGAACCAAGUCAGGAAAUGAGGCACAAGACUCCCCUUGUAAUGAGGAAAAGAAAACGACUUUACAGAAACAUCCUGGAAAAGUCAAGUAGCUGCCCCGGACACCGCGGGCACCACCGCCCCUCGGAAGCCGGGAAUCCCGCGCUGUUCGCUGGACUCCAUGAGCAGCCGCCCCGUGCAGCUCCAGGUGGCCAUCUAAACGGACAGAUAAGGCUGGGGUUACCUGGAGAAAUGUACGCCAAAGCUGAACAUUUCACUCCAGUGCCAGCCUCCAGGACAGAGCCUUUUGCUGCUUCUUCGCUUCAUAGCUACGGUGGCAUGAACCUGAACGUGAACCUGGCUCCGCACCACGGCCCGGGGGCCUUCUUCCGCUACAUGCGGCAGCCCAUCAAACAGGAACUCAUCUGUAAGUGGAUUGAGUUGGAGCAGACUCCCAAAAAAUUAUGCUCGAAAACUUUCAGCACGAUGCACGAGCUGGUGACUCAUGUCACCGUGGAGCACGUUGGAGGACCCGAGCAGUCCAAUCACAUAUGUUUCUGGGAAGAGUGCCCGCGAGAAGGGAAACCUUUCAAGGCCAAAUACAAACUCGUAAAUCACAUCCGAGUCCACACAGGUGAAAAACCUUUCCCCUGCCCUUUCCCAGGCUGUGGCAAAGUGUUUGCCAGAUCAGAGAAUCUCAAAAUACACAAAAGAACUCACACAGGGGAGAAGCCGUUCAAAUGUGAAUUCGAGGGCUGCGACAGACGCUUCGCCAACAGCAGCGACAGGAAGAAGCACUCGCACGUCCACACCAGCGACAAACCCUACAACUGCAAAGUGAGAGGCUGCGACAAGUCCUACACCCACCCCAGCUCCCUGAGAAAACACAUGAAAGUGCACUGCAAAUCCCCUCCUCCCAGCUCCGGCUACGAGUCCUCCACGCCCUCCUUGGUGUCCCCCUCCUCGGACUCCGGCCGGGACCCCCCCGCCUCGUGUUCCCACGCCGAGUCCUCCGCGCCCGCGCCGCCCGCCGCCAACCUGAGCGAAUGAUGUCUGCCCCGUUGCUCUCAAGGUAAUCUAGACAGACGCAGCUGAAAGCCUGAAUCUUAUGCCUUAGACAUCAAAGAAAGCUCGCACAAAGAAGUAUUUCUUCACAACGGUGAAUCUUCAUGGUAAGUUAGGAUUUCUAUGGCAAUAGGCAAGUCAUACUUAAAUAGUGAAAGGCGAAGUCUGGAGCCCGUCCAGUCUUUUCAUUAAGGACAUAAUAUUUACGUCUAACGGGCCCUUUUUCUUGUGUAUACAAGUAUAUAUUUUUGUUUGACGCCAACUAAAUCAUUUUCAUUUAAUUUCCGGUAAACAAAACCCACGCGAACGGGGCACUUGUUCCAGAUCAUAAUAAAAAUGGAUAAGAAUGUCGGGAAGAAAAGGCCCGCCUGAACCGCCGCCUCGGCUCACUUUUGUUUCUGCUUUCUGCCGGGAUCAGAGAAUGCGUUUGGGAUUUGAGGGCGAGUUUCUAAAGGCAAGGAAAUGGUUUUUAAGGGGGAAAAGAAAAGGAGAAAGGUCUAAUCAAGCUCGGGUUGUUCAAAGGGCCUGAUUUUGGGGUUGAAAGUGUGAGUUUUAUGGUGCAUCAGCAUGCCACGUUAGGAUCGCUAUGGUAAUGAGGAGAGCAAUAGCAAGCGGCCUUCAAAGGAGGCACACUCCAUUUGAGACAGUCUAUUAAGAUACAUUUGCACUGACCUUUGGUUUCAUGCUAGCUUAAUACACUCAAUCUGCCCCUCGCUACGGACAUGCUUCUUCCACCCAAGGCCCUUCUGCGGGGCUGGGCUCCGCCGGGCUUCACCCUCGACCCAAGCGGGCUCCGCUCCCCUCAUCCCCCAAAAGGGGCAGCUCCGGGCUCUGCCCGCGCUCCCCUCACCCCCAUCCCCUCGGUAGGAUGGGGAAGAACCCCUCUGGCGACCGCCCCACGGAGGGGCUGCGCCGGGGAUGUCACCGCGACCCGCGGCUCCGCUCAGGGCUCGGCUCGAGGGACCCCCCCGCAGCCCCCGGGGGCGGGGAACUUGACACCCGCACGGCCGGGGCCAUGGGCGCUGGGCCAUGGGCCCGGGAAAGUUAGAAGUCCAUGUUCCAGUAAUUGUCUUGUUGUUUAUUUUAUCCAAGUACCCUGGUGAAUAGGGGAAAAAUAAACACGGUGAAAAAAAAAUUCAAACAGUUGAGUCGUCUUUAGUGCCAGCCCUUGUGGUUGAAUAAAAAGGAUGGUCCAAUUUCUAUUGAGCUGAGAAAUCUUUGAAGUGGGAGUUAUUAUCUGAGAAAUUCCUGCUCGUCGUCCUAACAACGCUGAUGAAACGUAAAAGGUUCUUUGUCAGCGAUUUGUUCUCCUCUCUGUCAAACUCACCCUGCCCGUUGGCUUUAAACCGUUUCUAAAGAGAUAAAAUCAAACUUUUAAAGAUAACUUUGGGGGCCCAGAGGGUGCGGAAAAUACCAAACUACCGAAUCCUGUGUAUAGACAUACAUCUGGAUCUACGUGGCUGCGUCUGUGUGAAACUGUCUGCCUACAGAUGUCCGUAGAUGUCUGCAUGACCUUACUGCUCUAAAGUUGAAAUGAUGUCCAUUUUGGCAUUUUAUCCUCUGAACUUUUCCGUCUAAUAAAUUAUUCUUCCACAUGUGCUGCGCAGAAUGCAGCUCCUGAGAGAAGGCAGAAACGUUGGGUCUCGUUGCCACCAGUAUGUGACCAACAGACGUGUUCUUUCACUAGAAUGAAAGCAACAGCAAAGACAUCAGAGUGAAAGUCUUUGAUCAUUUCAACAGUCCGAAUACCUAUUAAGCGUGUAUAUACUGCGAUGUAUCGAAGUGGUUAACGCAUUCAAAGCGAUGGCUUCCAUAUGCUCCCAUGUUUUAUUGUCCGUAAGUGUAAAGAUAGCCCAACCGCAUCCCUUUUGUAUCUUCAUUUGAUAAACAUCACCGUGCGUACCGAUUCCCCGGUCAAGAUUUAUUUAGGAGUUUCCCAUCGGAGAUCGUUCAAAGCUCUGUUUGUAAAGCGGAUUCCUCGAAGUUGUAACUCAUCGGUGUACUUCUGUUUUAGUUGCUACAGAGUGAUCUGAGCCCAAUUCCGCCGUUCUAAGCAACCCCAAAAUUUUAAUGGGACUUUUCCUGAUCAAAGACCGAGUCAAACUGCGGCGGAGGGGGUAUUAUUAUUAUUAGUAUUAUUGUUAUUAUUGAUUCUGGCUCUUAUCAUAUUUAUGGGGAAAUCUACCACACUCCUCGUGAACUGUACGGAGAAGAAAACACCUCUGAAAAUGUAGCUCGCAAAAACAUUUGCAACGUUGAUAUACUGUAUCUGACUUCUUAAAUUCCGUCUUUUCCUUCAUCACAUGUUUGGUAACGGAGGAACUUUCUGUUGUGCGCUUGAACAUACUAUUUAUUUUUAAUAUUUGGAUUUUUUUUUUUACAAUAAAUAUUUAUAAACGUAUCAAUUCUAGGGUUAUUUUUACAAAUGUGCACUUUUAAAAAUAUGUGUUUGUACCGACGAUGCCGAGCCGCUCCCAGAGCGCUGUAAUUCGUCCUUCUGUUGGUUUUAUAUUCGUUGAAAAAGAUUUCUCGAAGCGGUGUACUGUCAAUGUGGUGUACGAUAUAAGGCGUGUUUUUUUGUUGGUCUUUA